AUGCCGGGGUCAGGUGGCAAAUUCUACCUAGAAUCAGAGUCCGACUGUCCAGACGAGUCCAGCCUUGUAAAGGAGAGAUGUACUGUGGCUUCCAACACAUUAUCGAUCAUUAGACCAGUCACUGGGUCCCUCUCAGGGAAGGUAAAUCUUCCCUGCUUCUUCUCCACCAUCCCAACCUCAGCACCAGUGAUCAGUCCCAAUGGAACUGCUAUUUAUAGCAGAGAUUACUUACGAAUCAAAUGGACCAAAAUAGAAGGAGAAGUGGUAUCCACAGUGUUGGUGGCACAAAAUGGAGUCAUCAAAAUAGGCUCCAGCUACAGGAACCGUGUAUCAGUACCCAGUCACCCUGAGGAUGUGGGUGAUGCCUCAUUGACAAUGGUCAAGCUGCGUGCCAGUGAUGCGGGCACUUAUCGGUGUGAGGUCAUGUAUGGAAUUGAGGACACCCAGGAUACAGUAAACCUUGAUGUCAAUGGUGUUGUGUUUCACUACCGGGCAAGCACGAGCAGGUACACUUUGGACUACCAGAAGGCUGUCCAAGCUUGCCAAAACAUUGGAGCAACCAUUGCUACAUAUGACCAACUGAAAGCAGCCUAUGAAGACGGCUUCGAUCAAUGUGAUGCCGGCUGGAUUGCUGACCAGACAGUGAGAUACCCAAUUACAAAGCCAAGGAAGGGCUGCUUUGGCAACCUACAGACCAAACCUGGUGUUAGGUCAUAUGGGACCAGGAAACCCACGGACACCUAUGAUGUAUACUGUUACGUAGACAAACUUGAUGGUGAAGUGUACUAUGCUCCUGUGAGCCAUAAAAUGACUUUUGAGGAGGCCAGUACAGAGUGUAAGAAGAGGAAUGCUCUCCUGGCAACCCCUGGCCAGCUUCAUGCUGCCUGGCGACAUGGUCUGGACAGAUGUGACUAUGGCUGGCUCUCCGAUGGCAGUGCACGACACCCUGUUGCAGAACCCAGAGUGCAGUGCGGGGGAGGUCUGCUCGGCGUCAGGACCAUGUACCGCUACAGAAACCAGACUGGCUUCCCGGAACCAACUAUGAAACUCGGCGCUUACUGUUUCAAAGGACUUUACUCAUGUACAGACAAUAUUUGUCUGAAUGGAGGAUCUUGCUACAAGAGUGGCAGCAUCUAUACAUGUAGCUGUGCUCCUGGUUACAGUGGUGAUCGCUGUGAAACCGAUACAGAUGAGUGCCAGUCAAACCCUUGCCGCAAUGGAGGUACAUGUGUCGAUGGGCUGGCUUCCUUCACAUGUGUGUGCCUCCCAAGCUACUCUGGGCUGUAUUGUGAGGAGGAUACAGAAACAUGUGACUAUGGCUGGCACAAGUUUCAGGGCCACUGCUACAAGUACUUCCCCCACAGAAGAAACUGGGACACAGCAGAGAGAGAGUGUCGCAUGCAGGGGGCUCAUCUCACCAGCAUCCUCUCCCACGAGGAGCAACAGUUUGUCAACCGUCUUGGACAGGACUACCAGUGGAUUGGCCUGACUGAUAAGAUGUUUGACAGUGACUUCCGCUGGACUGACGGCAGGCCUUUGCAAUAUGAAAACUGGAGGCCCAACCAGCCUGACAGCUUCUUCUCUUCUGGCGAGGAUUGUGUCGUGAUGAUAUGGCAUGAGGACGGCCAGUGGAACGAUGUUCCCUGCAACUAUCACCUCACCUUCACUUGCAAAAAGGGCACAGUGGCCUGUAACCAGCCCCCUCUGGUGGAAAAUGCACGUACCUUUGGUAGGAAGCGUGAGAGGUAUGAGAUCAACUCGCUGGUAAGGUACCAGUGCAGGACAGGCUUUAUUCAGAGGCACGUCCCAACUAUCCGUUGUCGUGGGGAUGGACUAUGGGAUAGCCCUAAAAUCUCCUGCAUGAACCCAUCGAGCUAUCAGAGGACCUUUAUCAGAAGACAUCAACACAAUAGUCUCUACAGCAUUGACAACUUUAAGAGAUGGCCAGACGAGGCCUACCGCGUUCAGCAUCAGCAUCAGCGCUACCGGGGAAGAAGAGACAGGACCGAACAUAAGCGGAAGAGACAGUAGAUGCCAUGUAACAUGGCAAAGCUUCCCUGAGACGAGAACACAUGGCUGAUGCUUGUGUUGAAAGAGGAAAAUGAUUCCCCAAGAAGAAAAAGCACAAGGGAAAACUCAUCAAAGAAACCAAGAGGAUAACCUGCAGUUUUCUUGCAUUUUGAAUGACGAUGGAAUCUUAUGAAGUGCCUUUUAAAAAGAUGUUGAUACAUCCAGGGGCACUGAUUCAUGACAAUGCCAAUGUGGAUAAAAUACUUUCAGCUGGCUACUGGAAAAAGCAAAAAAUACACUCAUCAAUUUUUUUAAAACUGUGGACGUUUUUUCUUUGUCCUUAGCGUAUCAAAUAAUACAAUCACAACUGUCUAAAACCUUUGUACACACUGCUAUUUAAAAUCACCAUAAGUGUUCCUUAUUCAUAGAAAAAAGCUGUUGUGAAAUAAUAGCGCUUAUGUUAUGUAAAGGAAUUCAUUACGUUGUUGUGCUGUUUUAAGCUGGACUUCAUUUCAAUGAGCAUGCAUAUUAAUAUAUAUUGAAGUCUUCAAAUGUUUAACUAUGUUUAUUCUAUUUCAAGACAUCCAAGUUCACCAAACAGAAAUGGAGACAUCGGUGGCAGUGAUUGAUCAAACAAAGGACUCAUAGUUUAUAUACGUGGAAUAUUAUAUCACAUACUUACAGAACUGUAAACUUUGAAAAUAAUCUUUCUUUCUCCAGUCUUCAAACCUAAUCAGCAUUGUUUAUUAGCUUUGCUAGCAGUAAUUAUUAAGAUUUCAGAUAAAUAAUACACCCACGUCUGGGGAAUUUUGACCAAACUGCUUAAUUAACGGCUAGAGACCUUUUUGUGGUGGCAGCUUUCAAAGUAGCAAACAGCUUUCAUUAGUUCCCGCCGUUAAUGAAUGUCAGCAAUGACUUGUAUAGAUAAAUGUUCAUGGAUAGAUUUCUAUACAGAGAAUUUAAAAGAAAAACACAUUGAUAUUUCUUUAGUGUGAUUUUUUUGCAAUUUAAUGAGAAAUUGCUCUCUAAGUAGUUACCGACAAAGCUUUAUCCACUGAUGGAAAUCAAUGUCCAUCAACAAUUUUCAAAUGAAAUUAGCCUAUAUUUUCUGGUCAUGUGUGUUCAGUGCAUAACUUACAGUUAGAUGCUGCAGCAUUGUUUACAAUAACUGUAAUGCUGUUCAUAAUUACACAUCCAAGUGUUUUGCUCUCACCUGUUGCUGUUGUGCUUUAGCCUGUUAUGGUUUUCUAGGUAAUGCUUUUCUUCUGGACUCUGUUAUUGUGGUCGAUUGAAAUCAGCCUACGAGAGAAAAUGUAUUUUGUGAAACACUCAAAAAGACUUGAACACAACGGCUAUUUAGGCACAUAAUUUAUUUUCAAGCUGCUCUUGAUCUCCUUACUUGUAAAAUACAGGUAAAAUAUGAUGCUGUUACUAGUCUCAGCCAUGUUCUUCAUAUAUUUGUGUUGUAUGUUUAACAGGAGACCAGCCACAAUCGCAGACUGUCUGAAUGGGAUGCAUUGAAGGUGAAAAGUUACUUUACAAUACAAUGGAUUUCUUCGUAUUUUUACAUCUUUAAUAUCAGCAGUGGACCAAAGAAUAUAGAGGGCCCCAUCGGCUGCAAAAAUGUUCUGUAAUAUUAUCAAAAUAUUUGUGGUUAUGUAUGUCACCCGCAUUUUCUUAUGGAAAGAUUUGUUGUACUUGUCUGCCUGUGAAUGUCUGUGUGUGUGCCUUAAUGUGCAUAUAAUAUCAUUUUAUAUUUAUAACUGUUUGUUUUUUAAAUUUACAAUGUGAAUGUCUGGGAUGUUUGUGAAUUUUUUUUAAAGAGAUCAAACUGUUUCUUUUUUCCUGCU